CAUAUGAAACACUGAACAAACGGUUUCGAGCUGCACAGAAAAACAUUGAUCGAGAGACCAGCCACGUUACAAUGGUGGUGGCAGAGCUGGAGAAGACACUGAGCAAUUGUCCUGCUGUGGAUUCAGUUGUUAGUCUGCUGGAUGGAGUAGUUGAAAAACUCAGUGUUCUGAAACGGAAGGCAGUUGAAUCAAUCCAGGCUGAAGAUGAAAGUGCAAAACUCUGCAAACGUAGGAUUGAACAUCUGAAAGAACAUAGUAGUGACCAGCCAGCUGCUGCAAACAUGUGGAAGAAGAAACGUAUGGAUCGUAUGAUGGUGGAACAUCUUUUACGCUGUGGCUACUACAAUACAGCUGUAAAACUAGCGAGACAAAGUGGUAUUGAGGACUUGGUAAACAUUGAGAUGUUUUUGACUGCUAAAGAAGUGGAAGAGUCAUUGGAAAGACAAGAGACCAUGACUUGCUUGGCUUGGUGUCAUGAUAACAAAUCCAGGCUCAGAAAAAUGAAGAGCUGUCUGGAGUUCAGCCUAAGGAUUCAGGAGUUCAUUGAGCUGAUUCGACAGAACAAGAGACUGGAUGCCGUGAGACAUGCAAGAAAGCAUUUCAGUCAGGCUGAGGGAAGCCAGCUGGAUGAGGUCCGACAAGUGAUGGGAAUGUUGGCCUUUCCUUCAGACACUCAUAUCUCCCCCUAUAAGGAUCUCUUGGACCCUGCUCGAUGGAGAAUGCUGAUCCAACAGUUUAGAUAUGAUAACUACAGACUACAUCAGCUGGGAAACAAUUCUGUUUUCACUAUAACACUCCAGGCAGGCCUUUCGGCUAUAAAAACACCACAGUGUUACAAAGAGGACGGGAGCUCAAAAAAUCCAGACUGCCCUGUGUGUAGCAAAUCCCUGAACAAGCUGGCUCAGCCUCUGCCUAUGGCACAUUGUGCCAACUCCCGACUAGUCUGCAAGAUUUCGGGGGAUGUAAUGAACGAAAAUAAUCCUCCUAUGAUGUUACCAAAUGGAUAUGUCUAUGGAUACAAUUCUCUGCUUUCUAUUCGUCAAGAUGACAAAGUAAUUUGCCCAAGAACCAAAGAAGUCUUCAACUUCUCACAAGCUGAGAAAGUCUACAUCAUGUAGGUCCAUAACACACAUGAUGAAGUGCCGCUGGAAUUUUGACACAGUGUAUAUUGGCAUACCCUGUGCGGGGGGGGGCCUUAAUGUGUGGCAAAGAAGCAAAACCUGCCACCUUGGGGAUCAGACCUGUCGGUGGCAUUCUUGUUUCUUGCGACCAAAGAUCAAUGAGCAACAAUAAACACUCUUGAAACAAAAUACACACACACAAAAAAAAAAAAGGAGAGAGGCUUAUAACUUAAGUUUGUACUUGAAUUUAAAACAAAAACAAAUUUUGAUUGUUAAGGUUUUGUAACAUAAGGUCAAAAAUUGGACUCUUCUCGAAAGGAUAACUUUCUUUAAAGAUGGACACUUGCACUGGGGGAAAAGUGACAACAGAUUUGAAAUUCAAUCCAUUUUUCUUCCCUCUUUUUCACAACUGUCCAGGACCCUUUUGUUAUCAAAUAUUUCAGUCCUACCAAUAUGUUCUCCUUUAAGCUCCUCUUUGCCUUCUUUAUGAUCCUCUUGUGAAGUAAUCCUGAACAUGAAUUAUUUAACUUAUUUCCACGGGAAGAAAUGGGUGUCUUUGACACAAGACUGGCUUCUCUGGAGGAUCAACUAGGGACUGGUUUGAAGGAGUACGAAGUCUUUUUCCAAACCCAGAUAUUCUGAGGAGGUUGCAUAAGUAUCAAGAGGAACUGAGAACAUUUCAGGCAAAAUCCAAUGCUUGUUUAAAUGUUCUUUUUCCAGUCUACCAUAGUGUUAAAGUCCUUCUGAAGUUAUUAGUUAUGUGCAUAGGGUUCAAUAUGAAAUCAUUAGUGCUACUGCCUUAUUUCUUGCUUUGAGAAUGUACUCACAUGAAAACGAGCUGGUAUUCUUAAGUGUUGGGCGAAGUUUCUGAAGAUGCCUUGCAGGAUGAUUACAUAAUUUUAGGGUCUAAAUAGUAUUCAUUACUGAAACUAAUAGUUCAAUUUUAACAACUACAGGACACAUCCUUAUGACUUUUCGAAAGAAUUAAACCAUUGUAGUUUAAACAAAACCAUAUUGUAGAGGUUUGUAUUUAGCGCUUAUUUUUGCAUGUUGAUGUUGAUUAGCUAAUAAAAGAUUGUAAAUGUAAAACAUGUUAA